AUGCCUUCUUCGUCUCGUUCUUCGCGCGUCGCCGACCCCGAGCUGUCGGACGACGACCUCGACGAACUCUUCUCGGACGACGAAGACGACGACGUCGACAAGAAGCCCGACCGCAACGACAUUUCCGUUCAGCUCAAGGGAUCGCUGAAGGAACCGCGCUUCAAGACGGUCAACCUCCGCCAGCUCAAUGACCUCAUCGAGUUUGGGGAUGUAAACCUCAACCCCGAUUACCAGCGUGAGGUCGUUUGGAGCAAGGAGAAGAUGGAGUCUCUCAUCCAGAGUCUCUUCUUGAAUUACUACGUUCCCCCUGUCAUCUUCGCCGUCCAGGAGAAGGAAGACGGCUCGGGCGAGGACGAGCGCGUUUGCAUUGACGGCAAGCAGCGUUGCUCGUCCAUCAUGAGGUUCAUCUCUGGCCAGAUCUCGUUCAAGUCGCCUGCCACGGGCCAGAGGUUUUACUACACGAACUUCCCCGGCCACAACCACCGGAACCUCCUUCCCGCUACUCUCAAGCGUAAAUUUGACAAUGUCUCCAUCCAGAUUGUCGAGUACGACGAUCUGCCCGUCGACAAGCAGCGCGACAUCUUCCAGCGCGUUCAGCUCGGUAUGGCUCUCACUGCGGCCGAGAAGCUCCAGGCUCUCCCGGGCCCGUGGCGCGAGUGGAUUAUGGAGCUCCAGAAGAAAUAUGUCACCGGCUCGGGCACCAUCGCCGACAGGCUGCCAAAGUUCUCGACGAAACGCGCAAAGGCCUUCCAGUUCCUUGUGGCCUUUAUCAUGAUCGCCCACAGCACCGCCCGCGUCGUGCCCACGGCGGCCACCCAGACCAAGUUCCUUAAACGUGUCGACCCCCCCGAGAAGGCCUUCCGCCGCAAGAUCGAGAUGGCCAUGUCCAUCUUCCUUGAAAUUGCGAUCGACCACUAUGACGAGGCUUUCGCCGGAGUGGACGAGCGUGUCGCCCCCGUCGAGUUCUGGUUCACCGCGUACCUCAUCUUCACGCGCAUGCACUGCAUGUCCAUGAGCCGUCUCGCGCGCGCCAUCCACGGCAUGCGCAUGAAUAUCCGUGGCGAGUUCCAUGACAUCAUGUCGAACAGCAAGGUGUCAAACUUCAUGUUCGACUAUGUCGAUGGCGUCGCCCGCAUCAAGCAGCCCGGCGAGAUCUCGGCUGUGGAAGAGUUCGAGGCCGACGAAGCCCCCCUGUCCAAGAAGCGUCGUCUCGAGGAGGACAGGGAUGCCUCGUACCGCGACGACAACGGCGGCAUCUCCCGCGAUGCGCUGCCCUCGGACGUUGUCCAGGGGCUCCGCUCGCAGAAGAUCGCCAAGAAGUCGCAUGACACGACCCACGAGCAAAAGCCAGUCAUCACCCCCGCUCCUCCUACCCCCGCGCCUGUUGUCGCUCCUGCCUUCGCUCCCCCUCCACCCCCUCCUGUUCAGCAGCAGCAGCAGCAGUACCAGCACCACCCCCAGCACCAGCACCACCCCCAGCACCAGCACCACCCCCAGCAGCAGUGGCACCAGCAGCCCGCUCCAACCCCCACGACGCGCCGUCCGUCGAUGGGCAUGGACACUCCCAACGCUCCUCCCCCUUACCGUGCCCAGGCCGCGCAGGGCUACCCUCAGCACCCCCAGCACCCCCAGCAUGGAGGUUACCCACAGCACCAGCCGCCUCACGGCUUUUACCCCCGCCGUUAA